AGGCUUGGGACCAAUGGUAUUCUGGGUUCUUCGCUGGAGUCUUUGUCCCCGUUGAAGAACUUGCCCACUACGACAAUCACUCCACUGAGGCGUGCCUCUGAGAAUAUAGAUCCUGCUGCGGCAUCAAUUUGUUGUCCACAAUGUAUGCAGAGCUGCGAGCAAGAAGUGGCAGAAAUGUUGAAAGAAACUGAGAAACCUGAUACUGAACUCAAAUCAGAGUCAGCUCGACCGUCCCUUCCACAGUGGUUACAGAAUGCUAAAACUAAUAAUGAUAACGCCAAAGUAACGGAUCAGGCACAGAGUAACAACCAGGAAGGGAAUGUGAAGAAGAGGACUCAAGAAAUACAGAAGAAAUGGCUUGAUGCCUGCUCGAGUUUACAUCCUAAAUUUCAUCAGCUAAAUGGGAGCACAGAGAGGCUUAAUCCAACUCCUUUGUCAAUGACGGGCCUGUACAAUGUGAACUUGCUGGGGCGCCAAUUCCAACCCAAAAUACCUCUGAAUAAAAACUUAGGAACCUCUUUGCAAUUGAGCUCAAAUCCAAUGUCCAUCCACCCACCAGAGCCUGUAGUGAGCCAGCAGCAAAGUCCAGUAACAACCGACCUGGUCCUUGGGCAAACAAAGGCUGCUGAAGAAACACACAAAGAAAGCAUUAAUGACUUCUUGAGCUGCCUCUCUUCUGAGUCACAAGACAAGUUCGAUGAAUUGCAGAGCAAAAAACUACUCGAUGCGGACUCAUUCAAGAAGCUCCUGAAAGGCCUGACAGAAAAGGUGUGGUGGCAGCAGGAUGCAGCGUCAGCAGUGGCCACCACAGUGACCCAAUGCAAACUGGGGAAUGGAAAAAGACGAUCCAAGGGUGACACGUGGUUACUGUUCGUGGGCCCUGACAGAAUUGGCAAGAAGAAAAUGGCAGCAGCUCUUUCUGAGCUGGUAUCUGGGUCCAACCCAAUAAUAGUACCUCUGGCCCAACGCCGCGGGGAGGGAGGAGACUCUGAUGCCCCUCAUCUCCGUGGAAAAACGGCACUCGAUCGAAUAGCAGAGGCCAUCAGAAGGAACCCACUUGCUGUCAUCGUGCUCGAGGACAUUGAUGAAGCCAAUAUCCUUCUUCGCGGUAGCAUAAGAAGAGCCAUGGAACAAGGGCGGUUCCCGGAUUCUCACGGCCGUGAAAUCAGUCUUGGAAAUGUCAUGUUUAUCCUCACUGCUAAUUGGUUGCCGGAGGACCUCAGAUACCUUUCCAACGGGUCUCCACUGAACGAAGAAAAGCUUGAAAAUUUAGCGAAAGGAGGGUGGCAACUGCGCAUAUCAGUGGGUAAGAGAGCAUCAAAACGAAGACCCAGUUGGCUAUCCGAUGAAGACAGGUCCUUGAAGCCCCGGAAGGAGGCCAAUUCAGGGUUGUCGUUUGAUCUUAAUGAAGCUGCUGAUGAUGCAGAGGACGACAGGGGAGAUGGGUCACUCAAUUCAAGCGACUUCACAGUGGAACAUGAAGACAACAAUCACCAUGUCUCAGCAAUACCUCGCGAGCUGUUGGAUUCUGUGGACGAUGCCAUCGUCUUCAAGCCCUUGAAUUUUGAUAUCAUUCGGCGAAAUUUCUCCGCUUCCAUCGCCAAGAGGUUCUCGGCGGUGGUGGGGAAUGGGGUGUCGAUUGAAGUGCAGGAGGAGGCUCUUGACAAGAUCACCAGCGGAGUGUGGUUGGGCCAAACCACCAUUGAUGAAUGGAUGGACAAAGUGUUGGUUCCCAGUUUCCACCAACUGAAAAAGAAUAUGAAUUCAAAUACACAUGACCAUGAUGAGUCUUCCAUGCUGUUUAGGCUCGAAGACGACGGCUACUCCGAUCGCUGUGCCUCUCAAGAAUGGCUGCCUGCUGCUGUGAGAGUGGUGGCGGAAUAGUGUUCAAACUUCAAACACUGCUCAAUGGUCAUAUCCGUUUUGUUGGUGGUAGAAAUGUAAAUACAAACACUUUGGCACGGAAAAGUCAAAGCCGCUUAGUAGAACCAAGAAAAACCGUUACAAGGCUUGUCGGGGGUGUCAAUUUUUUUUCCCUUAGAAAAAGAUUAAUUAAUUUUUGCGUUAUAAACUUUAUAUUGUUUUUUUUUUCCUUUUGUAAGAAUAGGUAUAUUUAUUAAUUAAACUGAGAAUGAUCAUUAUAUUAAUAAAAGGGAGCAUUAAUUCCUGUUUUCCCCCUUUCA